AUUGCACAACUCUGGAUCACUUGCAGUCCUCGGGCACAUGCUUUCAACAUCUGGAUGACCAACCAAACGCAGAAUUGUCGACAUGGUGGUGCUUUUGCACUACCAGGUAGAAAAGUUAGGCCAAGGUGCCAGGACGUGGAAAUUUGUUUUCUUCUUUUCUUCCGAUCUCAUCCAUCAUUGCUUUUUUUAUAUUCAUUUCACAUAUACCAUUUACUCAACUGGAUUUCUACUCGUUCCCAGUAAUCAUUCCAUGCUUUUCGGUCUUCUCAAAUUCCUAAUGGAGGAGGAGGAGUAGUUAGACAAAAAUAUAUCUUUUUCUCUAUCAA